UUUAAAAGGGUAUACAAGUAGCAUAUACACACACAAAACAAGAAACAAACAAUUUGAUGAAAAAAAGCAUCUCCUCAGCAUAAUCCACCACCACGAAAGCAACAUCUUAAAAAAAACACAACCCCAAAAGACAAUGAACUCCAAAACCAACCCUAACCCCUUUCUUCUCAACUCCAUCACAAACACCACAAAAACCAAACCAGUUUCUUCAUUCCCUCUCCCUCAACAGCCGGCCAAAUCCCCACCCACUCUAUAAAACCCUCCCCAUUGUCCUUAACUCCAAACCCCCUUCAUCUCCCUUCUCCCACCAAACCUUAGAGCCAUCAAACAAGUCCCACAUCGGAAAACCAAACACUAAAUGGAUCGCUUAAUAAGCUUAGAGCCAUCAAACCAAAUCAUCAUCCGUCUCGAACCCGACCACAAAUCCAUCGGCGAACUCACACUCCGCAACGUCAUGCACACCAUGCCCGUCGCGUUCCGUCUCCAACCCACCAACCGCGCGCGCUACUCCAUCCGACCCCAAUCCGGUGUCAUCGCACCCUUAUCCACUCUCAAACUCCAAAUCACCUACCUCCUCUCAACCACCGAUCCAAACCUCGAUCACGACUCCGACUCCUUCGAGCUCCACAGCGUCGUCGUGCCGGGCGCGGCUGCGAAGUCGAACGCAACACUAGACUCGGUCCCUAACGACUGGUUCACCGCACGCAAGAAGCAAGUGUUCGUGUACACUGGCAUUCGGACCUACUUCGUCGGGUCGAGCUUGUUGACACGGCUCGUGACCGAUGGAUUGGUCGACGCACUGCGCGAGGCGUUGGAGAGGUCGAACCCGGAGUGGAGGUCGGUGGACUCGGUUGACACGCACGGGCAAACGUUGCUUCACCUCGCGAUAGCGCGCUCACGGGCGGACUUGGUUCAGGUGUUGCUCGAGUUCAAGCCGGACGUGGAGAAGCCGAACCGCGCGGGGAGGAGUCCGAUGGAAGCGGCAGCGGCGGGUGGGGAAACGUUGAUUGUUGAGUUGUUGCUGGCGAACGGGGCGAGCACGGAGAGGUCGGUAGGUUCGGCGUGGGGACCGUUGCAUCACGCGGCGGCAGGUGGGCAUUUGGAGGUGAUGAAAUUGUUGGUGAUGAAAGGCGGGGAAGUGGAUGGAGAGACGAGUGAUGGGAGGACGGCGUUGCACUUGGCGGUGGGGGAGAGGAGGAGGGAGUGUGUGAGGUUGUUGUUGGCCAAUGGGGCGAGGACGGAUGUGAGGGGAGGAGAGGAGGGGGACACGGCGUUGCAUGUGGCGGCGGAGUGUGGGGAUGAGUGGAUGGUUAGGGUUUUGGUUGGGAAAGGAUGUGCAGGGACGAGAGAAGGGAGGAAUAAGGUUGGGAAAACGGCGUAUGAUGUGGCGGUGGAAGGAGGGUAUGAGAGGUUGUAUGAUGAGUUGAGAUUGGGGAAGAAAGGAGAAGGGAGAGUGGAUCAGAAUGGGUGGACGGCGUUGAUGAGGGCGGGGUUUAAAGGGAGGGUGGAGAUGGUGAAAAGGUUGGUGGAGAUGGGGGUGGAAAUGGAGGAGAAGGAUGAGGAAGGGUAUACGGCGUUGCAUUGUGCGGUGGAGAGUGGGAAGAGGGAUGUGGUGGAGGUGUUGGUGAAGUGUGGAGCGGAUGUGGAGGCGAGAACGAGGAAAGGGAGGACGGUGAUGAUGAUGGCGGAGGAGCUUGGGUAUGUUGGGAUUGUCAAGAUAUUGGUGCAGGGUGGUGGUGGUGGUGGUGAUGAAGAGGAAGGGGAGCGGUGGUGGUGA